AUGCCGAACAGAACGCAGGAAUGGACGCGCCCGUCCCUGCGCACGCCGGGUAUCUUCAUCUUCGGUCUUGUCAUGGCGCCCUGCGGCUGGGUGCUCAACUUGACCGCCACCGUGGCCCCCAACUGGAGAACCCUGGAGGAGCCCAACAGACCGCCCAACGAGUUCAUCGAGCAGGGCAUCUGGGACAUCUGUCGGUCCGUCACUACGUCCACGUCAUCCACUUGCGGCCUGGAUGAUGACACGUACUUCGGUAAUGAUAUCAUCGAGGUGGCCCAGGGACUCAUGGUGGCAUCGCUAGUGGUUACCCUCGUGGGCUUGGCUGUGGCCAUCCCUGGGAUCCGCUGCUGGAAAGAGAGGCCAAACUGGGUGGUGGCCGGCCUGGGAGGGAUUUUGAUCUUCAUCUCGGGGGUGUUCACACUCAUCCCAAUCUCCUGGUACACUCACAUCCUAGAAGACAUCACCACAGAGACCGAAAUUGAGACCGUGAGCGUGGGCUACUGCAUCGUUCUUGGUUUCAUCGGCGCUAUCUUCGAGAUCCUGGGCGGCUUCGUCAUGUUUAUCGGCAUCUGUCGCUGCUGCGGCGGGAAGAAUCGCGGCGAGGUGCGCGUGGAGGAAAUCGGGCCUAGUCGAUUCACUUCGCGGCCGCAGGCGCAGCCGAGACGCGUGGACGUACCCUCGCUGAGUCGGGGCCGGAGCCCCGCGCCCAGCAGCGUGCCCUACAUCCGGGAUACCCUGGACGACGAUAUUUCUUUCCCCCGGGCAAAGAGCACCGGGCCCCGCUCCAUCAACACCUCGUACAGCGGGAGGCCCUACGACGCUGACCUUUGA